AUGACUAUCUCUACUAUUUGGCUGUGUGUUCUCUUUUCUCUCAUUUAUGGCUGUGGUGUUCUUCCCAUUGAAGCUACCCACUAUGUUUACAGAAAUCUUCAGAGUCUAUCUUCUGAUUCCUCCAAUCAACCUUACAGAACUGCUUAUCAUUUCCAACCUCCUAAGAAUUGGAUAAAUGAUCCUAAUGGACCAAUGAGAUACAAAGGAGUUUACCAUCUGUUCUAUCAAUACAAUCCUAAAGGUGCAGUUUGGGGAAAUAUUAUCUGGGCCCACUCUGUAUCAAAGGAUCUCGUGAAUUGGACCCCACUAGAUCCUGCCAUCUACCCAUCUCAGCCGUCUGAUAUCAAUGGUUGUUGGUCAGGGUCAGCCACAAUGCUUCAUGGGGGCAAACCCGCCAUUUUAUACACAGGAAUUGAUCCCCUGAAUCAUCAAGUUCAAAACUUGGCCUACCCCAAAAAUUUGUCUGACCCAUUUCUUAGGGAAUGGGUUAAGUCAGCUAAAAAUCCUCUAUUGGCACCAACUAGUGCUAACAAGAUCAAUGCAAGUUCAUUUAGAGACCCAACUACUGCUUGGCUAGGCCAAGAUGGGUAUUGGAGGGUGCUUGUUGGGAGCAAAAUAAACACUUUGGGAAUGGCAAUUUUGUUCAAAAGCAAGGACUUUGUUAAUUGGGCUCGAGCCAAACACCCUUUACAUUCAGCCCAAGGCACUGGAAUGUGGGAGUGCCCUGAUUUCUUUCCUGUUUUGGAUAAGAGCCCAUUGGGUCUUGACACAUCUGUGAAUGGUGAUGAUGUUAGGCAUGUACUCAAGGUUAGCUUGGAUGAUAAAAAACAUGAUUACUAUCUAGUUGGAACUUAUGUUGCUGCCAAGGAUAUCUUUAUCCCGGAUAAAGGAUUUGAGGAAACUGAAUUUGUUCUGAGAUAUGAUUAUGGAAAAUUCUAUGCAUCAAAAACGUUCUUUGACAAGGGAAAUGACAGAAGGAUUUUGCUAGGUUGGGUCAACGAAUCCUCGAGUGUUGCUGAUGAUAUGAAGAAAGGAUGGUCUGGAAUUCAAGCAAUUCCAAGAGCUAUCUGGCUGCAUAAGUCUGGUAAGCAGUUGGUACAAUGGCCAGUGGUGGAAAUUGAAAAGCUACGUGCAAACCCAGUCAAGUGGCCCACCAAAGUGCUCAAGGGUGGUGAUUUGCUUCAAAUUAACGGUGUCACAGCGGCACAGGCUGAUGUUGAAAUUGCAUUUGAAGUGAACAAGAUUGAAAAGGCUGACGUAUUAGACUAUUGGACAGACCCCCAAAUUCUAUGUAGCCGAAAGGGUUCAGCAGUUAAAAGUGGACUAGGACCGUUUGGUUUGCUAGUUUUUGCUUCAAAGGGAUUGCAAGAGUACACAUCAGUUUUCUUCAGAAUACUCAGAUACCAACACAAAAAUUUGGUGCUCUUGUGCAGUGACCAAAGCAGGUCUUCCUUGAAUAAAGAUAACGAUAUGACUACUUAUGGAACUUUUGUGGACGUGGACCCUCUUCAUGAAAAGCUGUCUUUGAGAACUUUGAUUGAUCAUUCUGUUGUAGAGAGUUUUGGAGGAGAAGGAAAGGCUUGCAUCACAGCAAGAGUUUAUCCCACAUUGGCAAUCAAUGAUAAAGCACGAGUGUACGUUUUUAAUAAUGGAACUGCUGAUGUCAAGAUCACAAGAUUGAGUGCUUGGAGCAUGAAGAAAGCACAAAUAAAUGGAAACUAAGCUGUUACCAAAAUAAAAAUAAAAAUGGAAACUAAGCAGAAAGGGGGAGAUGGAAUACUGGAUUCAGAACAAUGAAAGUUUAAGAUGACAAAUUUUUUUAGUUCUUCUGUUAGUGCCUCCAAGUAUUAAUAAUGUGACAUUGAUAUAGAUGCCAUUCAUC